AUGGCGACGCAGGAUGUUGAAGAAACGACGGUCAAGCUUACCCUCCCGUCGUCCUAUCAUUGGGGAAGCGACGACGACGACUCCGCAAGCGACGGGGAGUGCUCAGAAGAGGAGGAGGUCGUUCUGUGCAUCCCGCCCUGCUACGACUCCGACUCAGACCACGAAGACGACCCCAGUAGCAGUCGUCUUGAGGGCCACGACUCCGGGAUAGCUGGAUGCGGCCCGACGGAGCCCCCUCGCCGAGACACGCAGACCGACGACGACUGCACGAUGGACGACCAAGUGGUUGAGGACGAUGACUCCGAUGAUGACGACGACGACGAGGAGGAAGAGGAGAUGGUCGUGGAGAAGAAGAUCGUGUUUUGA